UUUACGGAACAACGGCAGCAGGCGGCGCUUGUGCUGCGCCCCGACGGCCGUCGAUCGAAGCCCGCGUUAUCGCAAUGGCUUCCGUGAAAGACACAGCGACUUUCUUCGCGGAGGGCACCGCGACGCAAUUCGAAUACGUUCUGAAAUUGUAUCCGCAAGCGUUGCGCCUCAAGGCCGAUCGUAAAUCGAAAAAGCCCGAGGAACUGAUCAAGCUAGACAACUGGUAUCAGAAUGAGCUUCCGAAGAAGAUCAAGUCGCGCGGCAAGGACGCGCAUCUCGUUCAUGAGGAGCUAGUGCAGACAAUGAAGUGGAAGCAAAUACGCGGCAAGUUUUACCCGCAGCUGUCCUACCUGGUGAAGGUGAACACACCGCGCGCCGUGAUGGCGGAAACGAAGAAAGCGUUCAAGAAGCUUCCGAAUCUCGAACAAGCCAUCACGGCGUUGUCGAAUCUAAAGGGCGUCGGUACCACGAUGGCGUCGGCUCUGCUCGCCGCGGCGUCGCCGGAGAACGCGCCUUUCAUGGCAGACGAGUGUCUGAUGGCGAUACCGGAGAUCGAGGGUAUCGAUUACACCACUAAAGAAUACCUGAACUUCGUUCAGCACAUCCAGAACACUGCCGAGAGGCUGAACAGACAGAUGUCAAACGGUAAGACAUGGAGCCCACACAGAGUCGAGCUAGCGUUGUGGACGCAUUACGUGGCGUCCGAGCUGAAGCCCGAGUUGCUCGAUGGCAUUCCGGGCUCGACAGAAAACGGAAACUCGCAUGGCGCCAGCAACGGCGAGGCGACAGAACCGUCGGACGACAGCAAUCAGGAAACGGUGGCAAACGGUAAGGACACAUCGGCCGCGCUCGAUUCAACGGCGAUCGACGAGAACAGCACGACGACAUCCUUCACCGAAGACUCGAUGGACAAACCGGCGACGCCGAUCACCGCCGGCGAUCAUGCCGUCGUGGGUGCCAGCGAGGAUACGAACGACUCUCUCAUCACCAACGACAGCAGCAACAACGCGACGCCGCGACCCACCGACAGUGAGGACACCGAAGAAGACUCACAAGACGUGCAGGAGCCGCCCACCAAGAAGAACAAGAAGUGACCCGAUCGAUACGGUAAUGCGACGAGCAACAACGUCAGCACUUUUGUGCCCGCCAGAAGUCUGUCGAUCAUCGCGGCGCCGCGUCGUCGAUUCUGAAUCAUCGAUCACGUGAUACGGACCGACGGACGGACAGACGACAGAUGGACGGACGGACGGACGGAUAGGUAGUAGAGAGAUGGAUGCACGGACGGACGCGGAUGGAUGAAUGAAUUUCUCUAUUUGCGCGAUUUGCUUGAACGGAGGCAUUAGGUCGCUCGCUUCAUCCUCGGCUUCUUGUCGCGGCGAAGGAGGGGCGAGAAGAGGAGAGGAUUCGUAGGAUACCGACGGAUUCUGGAAUAAAUCCUCGAGUCUUCUCUCUCACACUUUAUUUCUCUCCCUUCUCGUAUCUUUCUCGCUUCUCGUCCCUCCUUCUCCGAGUUAUACACGUCCUUUCUUUACGCUCAUCCCGAUUUCGUUAAACAAUUUUUGUCGAGUGACCGACAAGAGUCCGUAUCGUCCUCGAUCCCAAGCGCCGGACAUUUCAGCUACGAAGCUUGUCGUCGUCGUCGUCGUCGUUGUUGUUCGGACAAUCUCGCGUGU